UUAUAAACGUAGUCUAAAGAGAAAAUUACGUGUGAAGCCAAUUAAAAGAAAAGCCUCUUGUUCUGGUUAUUAUGAGUGGGAUGGGAAAGCCUGAAAAUCCCCAUAGAUACAGUGUCAUUAUUUUGAAGUAAGUUAAAGUAGGUAAAUUCCGUCACGGUAACAAUACUUCACUCUAGUGUCAAUCAUGCAAUUGUACUUCAAUUUUGUUCAAUCGGUUGCACUUUAAUUUGAUUUCAAUUAAGAUAACUUUGUCCAAUUCCACUGAUGAUAAUCGAUGACAUGGCAGUUAAUGAAUGAUGGUUACUACAGUCAACCUUUAGUUGUGGAAAUGAAUUGUAAUUUCAAUAAAAUAAAUGAAAGGCAUCAUUGACUGCUAAACGGAAUUAUACUAAGUUACCCUACAUUUACCUGAUUGAAUAAGAUUGAAUUAUAGGUACCGAAAAUGGAAUCUGCCCGUUCAAAUAGUCUUAUAAAAACUGCAAUCAUAAUUAGGAAAAUUACAUAAUUAUUGAUUAUCUUACUAUGUAUUUCAAUUAUUUCAAACAGCUCGAUCUUAGUAUGCGUAUUUGUUGGUCAUAAGCUCUAUAUCCUUUGUUUUAUCAUAAUUGGUUUUACCGUUGGAGUUUUUUAUGCGCUAUCUUUUUUGUUUUCUUUCUAUUUCGAUUUUGUGACUCUGCUUUUACAAUCAGAUGAUUGAAUCAUGGUUUCAUGAUUGAAUUUUACUUGGAUCAGUUUUCAAUCUUACAAGACCCUUUCCUCCAAUUAUUCUCUUUUAUGCCUUGAUUUUGUGGAGAUUAUCUGUGUAAAUGUUCUGAUUUAUGCAUUUAAAGUCUAAUUUCUUGGCCUUUAUGUUGUAUUUGCAUUUUGUAUAUGUUACCAGUAUUAUGGGCGCAGUGCUAUUUUGCAAGUAUUUGAUAAAUUGGUGGAGGAGAUUGGAAGUCCAGUUGACUUUGAACUUCCUGAAUGGUUACAUAAAUGGAAACCUACACCCUACUCCUUUAUCAGGCGCAAUGUAUAUCUUGAGAAGAAGGUUAAAAGGCGCCAGGAGGAUGAUGGCAUCUUUUGUUCAUGCAGCUCAUCGGCUGGAUCAUCCGGGGUUUGUAGCAGAGAUUGCCUCUGUGGGGGAUUAUACUCUGUUGUGUAUGUUAAUAUUCUUUGGAUGGUACCAUCAUUGUUUCAUGCUGAGGUCGAGCUGCUCUUCGGCCUGUAAUUGUGGAAUCUCUUGUGUGAAUAAGCCCUUCCAUCAACGACCUGUGAAGAAGAUGAAAACAGUUAAGACUGAGAAAUGUGGAUUGGGUGUUGUGGCUGAGGAAGAUAUUAACCAAGGGGAUUUCGUGAUAGAAUAUGUUGGAGAAGUUAUUGAUGACAAAACAUGUGAGGAUAGGCUUUGGAAAAUGAAACACCGUGGAGAGACAAAUUUUUACUUAUGUGAAAUUAAUAGAGACAUGGUGAUUGAUGCGACUUACAAGGGAAACAAGUCCAGAUACAUAAAUCACAGUUGCUGUCCUAACACUGAGAUGCAGAAAUGGAUGAUUGAUGGUGAAACAAGAAUUGGCAUAUUUGCAACUCGUGAUAUUGUAAAGGGAGAACAUCUGACCUAUGACUAUCAGUUUGUUCAAUUUGGUGCAGAUCAAGAUUGCUUCUGUGGUGCUAUAGGCUGCAGGAAAAAGCUAGGAGUUAAGCCUAAUAAAUUGAAACUGCCUACUUCAGAUGCUGCGUUGAAAAUAGUAGCAUGUCAAGUGGCUGCCAAUUUUCCAAAAGUGAAAGCAGCUCUAUCAGGAAAACACGUCCAUUCAAAUGGAUUUCCUGCUGUGGGUGGUUUAGAUUGUAAAUCUGUUUCAAGAAGAAAACCUCGUAAUUGCAUUGGUUCGGUAAUAAGAAUACUCUACUCUCUGGACCAAAGGUCUUUUGGGAUAAUAAAACGAUUUGAUAAGGCCACAAGAAGACAUUUGAUCAUGUUUGAAGAUGGCAGCUCGGAUUUAUUAAAUUUGUCAAAAGAGGAAUGGGAAUUUUGCAACAAUUAAUGUAACUUGUAUUAGACAUAAGAUUCAAUGUACGCAUUACACAGACAUACUGAUCCUGGCCAGUUGGCAUGUUGUACCAAAUGCUCUGUUUCUUGUUCUCAAUUCUUUUGGAAAUCUUACGAAUAAUAGCCAUUAUAUUCUUUUUUUCGUUUGGAUUUGUAUAAGCAAUGCAAAUGUAACUUUAUCAUAGAAUCUGCAUGAUU